UUGAAGAGUUAAAUAACUUUUUGUCUUUCCUCCCUCUACAUUCUUCCAGUGUGUGUGUGUGUGUGUUACACCACUAAAGCAGAGCGCAGCAGAAGCAGGAACACACACACACACACACAGACACACACCAUGGACGACUCGGCGUCUCUCCCCGCGAACAGCAGCAGUAACACCUCGGACUAUGAUUACUCGGAUUAUUACUCCCUGGACGCGCUGUCGGACUUCCGGCCGUGUGAGAAACACCAGGUGAAGAACUUCAGCCGUUACUUCUUGCCGGUCUUCUACUCGGUGGCGUGCGCGCUCGGUCUCGCGGCGAACGUCGCGCUGGUGUGCGUGCUCGCGCGCGGCAGGCGCGUGCGGCGCGCGCUGCCCGCGUGCGCGCUGUGCGCGGACCUGCUGCUCGCCGCCACCUUCCCGUUCUGGGCCGUGUACGCGGCGCGCGACUGGAUCUUCGGCGCGCACGCGUGCAAGACGGUGACGCUGGCGUACGCGGUGGGUCUGUACGCCGGGAACCUGUUCAGCGCGUGCGCGCCGCUGCGCAGCUGCCUGGACGCCGCGAGCGUCUUCAGGCGCAUGGGAGACGCCAGGAAGGACGCCGCGUGCUGCGCGUGCGUGUGGACCCUGGCCUGCCUGGCCGCCGCGCCGCACCUGGGCUUCGUCGAGGAGCGCCGCGUCCACGUCGAGACCCAGUGCCUGUACCGGUACACGCCGGGAUGGAAGAUCUACAUGCGCCUCCAGCAGGCGCUCCUCGUCUUCGGGGUCCCCUUCCUGCUCCUGCUCGGUUCGUCCGUCGCCGCGGUCCUGUGCGCGCGUUCCUCGGGGUGCUCCGGGACGGUCAGGCGUACCGUCGUCUCCACCGCGCUGUUCUUCCUGCUCUGGUUCCCGUACACCCUGGUGCUCGUGCUGCACCUUCUCCACGAGCUGCACGUGGUGUCUGAGUGCGGUGUCAGCCUGCACCUGGACUUCGCCAUCCAAGGCACCGAAUGCAUUGCCUUUUCCCGCGUCUUCAUCAACCCCACCGCGUACAUCCUGCUCAACAAGCGAGCAAAGAGGGUGCUCAGGGAGGCAUGCCAGAGCCCCAGGGAGUACCUGCUGGAUGUGUCGGAGAGCACGGACAGCGUGUGGAGUGAGGAUGCCGGCGUGGAGUUGAGGGCAGUCCAAAAUGACCAGAGCUUCUUCAGUCCUGACUACGAGCAAGGAGGCGCUGAGAAACAAGGAUACUUACUACCACACGCCACAUAACCUCACCUGAUUGCACAUUAUUCUCUCACGAUUAGCUAACACAUCUCAGUUUGUGUUUACACUCUUAUGCAGAAAGACUUGGAUUUUGUAACAUCUGACCUGUUGCGGGUUAAAGGCCUUCAUAAAGGAACCAACAGUGGGGUCUGAACCUGGGACCAUCAGAUCAGUAGUCUAAUGUCUUAAGUGCUAACCCCAAAAACAGGUUAAACCUACUGUAUACAUCUAGGCUAAAGUAAACAACAUGCUGCUUAUCUUUAAGACACAUGCAGUAUUUUAUAUGAAUAGU